AAAAUUUUUUGCAAAAUAAAAUAAAAGAAAUGAAAAUAAAUGCGAACCUAAAAAAUAAUUAAUUAAUUCUAAUUUAUACAGUUCUUUUUCUUGUGCGAGUUAAAUUCCGGCGUGUUAAUAAACCUCUUCUGCGGUUGUUUUACUAUUCGGGUAUUCGACCGAUCAAUUUUUCCAUCGCGUUUGGAACCAUCAAUGUCACAAUUGUUUGCACUCUUUGAUACUCGAGUUUUUUAAAAUAGAUUCUAUAUGUAGGUCAAUUUAUUGUCGAAUAUUGCCGAAGAAUCAUGGGAUUCGAUAUCGGCAGGUUUUGUGGUACUGUCGACGAAGAGUUAAUCUGCCCAAUUUGUGCCGGUGUCUUAGAAGAUCCUUUACAAGCACCUACCUGUGAACAUGCAUUUUGUAAACGUUGUAUUAACGAAUGGCUCAAUCAUCAAACCGUUUGCCCAGUUGACAGGCAACCCAUCACUCCUAUUCAAUUAAGACCAGUUCCUCGUAUUUUAAAAAAUUUACUAUCUAGGUUAACUAUAAAAUGUGAAAAUCAAUUCCAUGGCUGUAACGAUGUUUUCAAACUUGAUACUCUUCAGUCGCAUUUAGCAGAAUGUGAACAUAAUCCUAAAAAAUUGGUGCAUUGUGAACAGGGAUGCGGGUCGGUCGUUCCAAAGGAUGAAAUUAAAGAUCAUAAUUGCGUUAAAGAACUUAGAAGUAUAGUUCAGAAACAAAAACAAAAACUGAACGAAUUACAAAAUCAAAUGAGUGAACAAACGUUUUUAAUUAACGAAUUACGACGAGAGACUGGAAUCUUGAAGCAAUAUAUGAAAGUGAUGCGAUUGACCAAUUCGUCGGUACGUGCCAUUGCCGACGAAAUAGAAAGAGAAGAAAUCGUUCAAUGGUCAAAUUCAUUAACUCGAGCUAAAGUAUGUCGUUGGGGAGGAAUGAUAUCCACCCCAGAUGAAUAUUUACAGAAUGCAAUCAAGGUAGCUUUAAUGGAAAGCGGAUGCCCGUCUCAUAUAUUAGUCGAAUUAAUGGAAAACUGCCACGAACGAAACUGGCCCGCUGGAUUAUCAUCUCUAGAAACGCGUCAAAGUAAAAGACGCGAAUACGAGAAAUACAUCUGUAAAAGAAUACCUGGAAAACAAGCUGUAGUUGUGUUACAAGUCGACAAUCCUUUUUUGGAAGACGAUAUGAUGUCUGAACCCGGACUAGUGAUGAUAUUUGCUCAUGGCGUCGAAUAAUUGCACGUAUGAUUCUCUUUUUUCUCGAUACAUUAGUAGGUUGUUUUUUUCCUUGCUAAUGAUAAAGAAACAUAAUAUAAAUGUCUUAGUUCUUGUUGUUGGUACGAGUACAGUAUUAUGAUGGUAGGAUGGACGUAUCAACGUGGUAAUUUUAUAAUUUUGUAUCUCAACGUCGAAUUUUUUUUCUCUUUUCUAAUUUCGUAUGUAGCUUGAUAAGUUAUUGCUUAUUUUCCACCUAGGAUUAUUCAGUUUUUCUUUUCACUAUCUUUUAUACCUAUUACUCGUUAGCAGAAAGCUACGUACUAUUUUAAAUCAUAUUGCUGUGCUAUUGUUUUAAGUUAUUUUUAAUUAUUUAUUUAUUUUACUGUUGAGUAAUUGUAAUGUUGAUACAGAUUCUCUGCAAUGUAAUUCGGAGUAAGUUGAUAUGAUGUUUUGAAACACGAGAAGGAAAUAAAUCUGUCAAUUUGUAA